UCGGCGGGCAAUGCUGUGGUCGAGCAGUUCACCACACGGCUCGACCUGACGGGCAAAAUACUGGCCAUCGACACGUCGGGCGUGUCGUCGACGUACAGCCAGUACCUGAACAAGGACCUGGUGGGCAAGACUGUGCUCGAGUUGUGCCACCCGAACGACUUUCACAAAGUGGAACAGCACCUGAAGGAGGCGCUGUCCACCAAGACUAACGUCAUAUCCAACAUCUACCGGCUGAUGGUGGCCACCGAUAAGUACGUUCACGUGCAGACUAAGUACAAAGCGUUCAACGGCGCACCGCCCGGCGUCACCGGCAUCGGCGGUCACCCGACAGGCGUGGGCUCCGGCAGUGGUCCGGAGGCCACGAACUUCAUAAUGGCUAUCCAUUCCAUAAUCAGGGACUCCGAGAACAGUUGUUCGUCGGAGCCGUCGUCGUCGAGGGGCGGCACUCCGUCGCCCAUCACGACCGUCGCCGCCAACGCGGCCAACAGCUGGUCCGGUAAUCCCACAUUUGCCAGCACUAUAGCCAAUAGCGUCGGCAGUGGUGGCGGUACUGGCGGUCAGUUGAUUAUGACCAGCGGUGCCGGCGGUGUCAACAACAACCUGAUUACGUCUAAUUUGCUCACCAGUGGCUCAACGAUGGCCAGCACUCAGCCCAUGACAGUGGGACCCGUUAUCUACGCCAACACCCAAACCGGUAUGAUAUCGACGCAGCCAUUCCCGCCCUUCCCGGCGCUGUCACUGUCGCCGUCGGCGGUGUCCGACUUCACGCUGAAUGACUGUUUGGGUGGUAUCGGCGACAUGUAUUCGUACGACAUGUACGACACCAACAGUCAAGAGUCGCAACAACAACAACAGCACCAGACGUCGGCCAACACAUCCACUGUCCAGUCGAUGACAAUGCAGUCGAUGGCGCCGACCUCCUCAUCAGCCAUGUCCUCCUCAUCCGUCUACACGACAGUGACCACAGCGCCGGCCAAUACGAUGGCUUCGGCCGGCGGUCGGCACCAGACGACGAAUCUGUUAACUCAGGGCUCGUCGUACUUACCGGACGACGGAGUGGCCGACAGCGGAGGCGGUGGUGUCCGACCGCCAGUGAGUGCGGUGUCGAUGAUGAGCAUCAAGAAAGAGCCGGGCCUUCAAAAUGACUUUAUUCUGCGGGAACUGCUCGAAGAGGACGAAGACAUACCGCCUGUGGUUAGCGUCGGCGGGUGUAUGUCGUCGGUGAACGACCCGACUAUGUGUGGCGGCCCGCUCUCAGUGGGUCCGCAGCCGCACACUCCGGCCUACAGCGAGUCGUCGUGUCCGGGAAGUGUUGGCAGUGAUAGCAAAAAGGUGGCCAACAAUAACAAUAUGCUGCGAAUGCUGCUCAACGACGACGAGGUCGGCAAACGCACCGACAGUCGCAAGAGUCACGAGAUUGUGGAACACUAUUUGCUCAAAGAUAAUAACCCCGGAGUCGGACCCGCUGGUGGUGAUCAUACGCGCGACACGAUGUUGUCCAGUCUGAUGGCCCAGCAGUUCAAACGGGAACCGAUCGACUCGACGCUUAUAAUUCUUGUGGUGAGAGAAGAAAGGGUUGAUAAGAGUUUUAUAAUUAAAACCGUUCGCCAAACCCAUUCCCCUCCCGCCCCACACCUCCUAUUCAACUCUACGUGUUCGGCGCCGUCAUCGUCAUCGGGUCUGCCCACGAGUCUCAGCGAAGUGAUGGCCACAACUCUGGCCAACAAACGCAAGUCGAUCGACGACACGGCCACCCAUUACGAGCCCCAAACGCAGGACUUGAAACGGCCCGCCUCUGCGGUGGCCACCGGCGCAGUGGGUGUGCCGAUCGGUGCGGCGCACGGCGGCCAUAGUCAUCAGCCGGCGCUGUUGGCCGGUCAGAACCCGAUGCUGGCGUCGAUGUUGGCCCGAACGCCCACAUCGGUGCCCGAAGAGAUCACAAUACCGCCGUCGAUGAUCUCGCAGACGCCCGACGCCAAACUGCCCCGCAAUCUGGAGAAGAAGCUGAUGAACCCCACGCAGGGGAUGCCCGGUCAGCACCAGCAGCACCCACAGCAACAACAACUACUCCAACAGCAAGUCCUCUCCCAAUCCUCUGGUCAAGUGUCACAAUCGGGCGGUCAAGUGAUCUUCGCAUCUGUGCCCCAAUCGCCUCAGACAUCAUCCCAACAGCCAAUGAUUGUGCCCAUUGUGACGAACGUCACGCAACUCAGACCUCAACAACAGGUGAUCGAGCCGUCCACGCCGUCGUCGGCUACCGGUGUGCCCAAUACGCCGACAACGCCGCAGCCGCCCAUCGAUCUCAACGAGCGGAUGGCCAUAUCGGCCAUCCAGAAGCAGCUGAUGAGCUUCGAGGUGACGACACCCACCACACCGACACUCCAGUCGCCGUUCGCCACUCAAGCCCAACAGCAGGCGCCCAGUUAUCAGCAGAUACCGCCGCCGGCCUACACCGCACCCUCUUAUGUACAGCAAAUGGGAAACACUGGUCAACAGGGUGUGCCCUCACCGCAGGCCAACUUCCAGCUCCAACCACGACCUCAGGGCCCGCGGCUGUCGAAACCGCGUCAGCAAUACCUGCCGCAGAAUAUGCAGCUGAACCCCAAUCUGACACAAGUGGCCGCCGCGCAGAUGAAGGCCCAACAGAUGACACCGCAAAUGCGCCGACAGCUGAGCGACAACCGCAAGACUCUGGCCGAGCAGCAGAAGCAACGACUGCUCGCCCAACAGUCGCUGCAACAGAUGAUACCGCAAACGCAACAAUCGGUGGACGCCAUGAGUUUCCAGGGCUUUCCCGAGAAUAUGAACGAACUGCUCAACAACUCUGUGGCCCCGAACGUGGCCUUAAGUGUUAAGCCCCGCGGAGGCGGCGGCGGUCCGGGCAGUGUUGGCGGCCCCCACACGCCCAACAGCCUGUCCGACGUGUCUCAACUGUCGCCGCGUUACCCGAUGCCGAUGAGCGCCGGCGGCGGCAACGGUGGAGCCGUUCCGUCGCCCUUACCUCAGUCACCGGCGCCCCAACUGAGUCCCGGACCGGCCCAACUGAGGCAACCCUUCUCGCCGGCCACCGGUGCCGGUCAGCAACAGCAACAACAGCCGGGCCAACAGUCAUAUCCUAGUCCCUCGGGUACCGCUACGGCCGGCUAUCCGACCGCUAAUCAGCACAGAAUGUCACCGCACUUUGUCUCCUCGCCAUCGCCGGCACAGGCCGGCGGUCCCAACUCGCCGAUGAUGGUUAUGUCGCCGCAGACCAACUCGUGGGCGCCCCAGUCGGUGGUGCGGCCGCCGCCGCAGAUGCCUCAGAACAGUCAACAGUCCGUCGGCCAGAAUGUCUCACUACAACAGACAAACCCUAUGCUCAAUGCACAGCUUUCAGGUAGCGCUCAGGUCUACGCCAAUACGGGUCCACAACAACAACAACAGCAACGGUUCCCACCGCGGGCUAUGCGGGCGGCGGCGCCACCGCAGCCCCGCAACUCCCGAAGCUCUCCCUAUCCGGACCAGCAGUUCGCGCAACAGUUUGUCGGCCAAGUGGUGGUCCAACAACAGCAGCAACAGGUGCUGGGCGUCCGACAGCCGCCCCAACCCCAGCAGCGUAUGGCCAUCGGGUCGAUACCGGCGCCGAUGCGAGUGAAUUCGCCGCGUUUUGCCGGCGACCAGUCGCUGCCCUCACCGAACCAGUACCCGAACCUACAGCCGCAGCAACAGUCGUACGGCCACUCACCCGACGGUUUCAAUUUUGAUCAGGCGUUUGGCGGUAACGGUAGUCAACCGGCGACACCACAGCCCGGCGGCGGACAACAGCAGAACGACCGCAGCCGUAACAACUCCGGCAUGACCUCCGACUCCGGCAUUAACUCUCCCGUCUCUCAUCUCAACCUCAACAUUGGCCGACCCAACGCUAUGGAUGACUCGAAACCAAGUGAUCAAAAGAAGAGUCUUCUGCAGCAGUUGCUGUCCGAGCCGUCAUAACCCUUACACACACUACGAAGACAUCACAUCCCAUAAUAUUAAUUAUUGAUAUUUAUAUUAUAUAUUUGUUAACGAAAUUGACAUUUAAUUACUGAAUCGAAGCGACGAAACCGUGAAUUUAGUUAUAUUUUGUGUGAAAAAAUAUAUAUCCAUUACUACUACUGCCCGACG